CCCCGCCGUCACUGGCAUCCCAAGCCCUCUGCGGCCCCCCCAACUUUCAGACACCGCCCGCACCCCCGCACCCUUCGGGAUCCCCUGGGGGCCCUCGGACACCCCCCAACUCCCCUGCCCCCUAAAAUCUUUUUGAUUCCUCAGCUGUCCCCGAGGCCCGCAGGACCCCCUCCAUGGCCAGGUCGUACGGCGGCCGGGUGCUGGCCGCGAUGAUCCUCUUGGGCAUCCCCGCGGCGGUGCUGGCGGCGCUGGGCGCGCAGCUGCUGUUCCAGCUGCAGGCGGGCCGCGCGGAGCUUCGAGGACCGCGAAUCGACGUGCUGGGCCCGGAGCUGGGCGCCGGCCCCGGGCUGCCGGAGGACGCGGCCGGGGCCCUGCUGCCGUUGGCAGCCGCGCUGGCCGCGCUCGCCCUGGUGCUGGGUCUCACCUGCCUGCUGCUCGCCGCGCUCUGCGGCCAUCUGGGAGCCGAGAUGGCGCGGGGACCCGGCCCCGGCAGGUCUGAUUGGUUUCUCUAUGACUGCCGCCUCCUCAGACAUGUGGCCCUCGGCCUCUUCUGUUGUGGGGUCUCCGUCUACUUAGCAGCCCUGUCUAUCUACGCCUUGCUGCUCUUCGAGAUCGAGGCAGGUGCAGCAGCUGCCUCCAUCCUUGGCUUGGGCGCUCUGAUCCUGGUGGCGGUGUUGACCCACACUCUACUCCGGGCUGCCCGGGCCACCCGCCGUGGCCUCCAUGAGCUGUCCCCACCGCACUUUGGGGACGACCCUGUCCGCCCUGCUGACAUCUCCAAGGCCAGCCCCAGGGCUCAGCGCCAGCAGGGUACCCACCACUGGACCCCCUACUCAUCCUGCCCAAAACCUGGGGACUCUAUCAGACCCACGGUUCCUGCCACAGCACCUGCAGCCAUGGAGGGAGGCUGGGAGGGCAGCCUGCCCGCAUCCCGCAUGCACCGCACACUGUCUGCCAGUGAGGGGUACUGGGAAGAGGUCACACAUGAGAUGCGCAGUAUCCUGAGCCACAGGCCAGGUGGGUCAGGGAAGGACUCCACCCUGGUGUGAGCCAAAAGAUCAGGGAUAGAGACCUAGUGUCAGGCAGCAGGAAGAGGAUUCUUGUAGAGACAGCACCGUGUUCAACCACAGUAGCAUUACAACUUGAUUUCUCUCUCAGUUCACAGCAUCCCUGACUUUUGUCCUCAGGGUUGCCUCAUGGCACAAAAUGGCUACCAGGGCUCCAACCUUUACCUCUUCACUCAGAGAGAAAGGCAGAGGCCAGGACUGGCUCAGGAGAUUUUAGAAGUCUUCCUGGGAGGCCUUGGGACCCUUCUGCUUAUACCUCACCAGCCAGAAUAGUCAUG